UGCAGCUGAACGUCAAAUGUCAUUUUUUCGAUAACAAAAAGUGACCUUGAGUUUAUUACGAGUCUAAACAAUUUGUAAACAAUAAAAUAUAAUUUUAAGUCGUUGGAAAACUCUUACGAUUGAUAAAAGUAUUUAAAAGAAAUGAACAUGGCUUCGACUAUAUCUUGGGAAGAUUUAAGAAAACAAGCUCGACAUCUAGAGAAUGACAUAGAUGUGAAACUGGUGGCAUUUAGUAAAUUAGGUGUUACAUAUGGCUCAUCAAAUCUAUCCUCCGAGACAGCUCCUUUGAUAAACAGUGAUGACAUGUUUGAUACAAUGUCUAUGGAGAUACAGCAACUUUUAAAUAAGUUGUCUACAAUAAAUGAUACAAUGGCAGAUUUAGCACCAAGUGGCACUGCUACAAUGCACACUAUAAAAAGACAUAGAGAGAUUCUUAUGGAUUAUCAACAAGAGUUUUCUAGAACAUCAGCAUUAGUUAGUGCGAGGAGAGAGCGGGAGGAACUGCUGCGCGGAGGCAGCCCUCCGCCCGCCGCCGCCGGACUCAGUCGACGAGACCAGUAUGCUAAGGAAGCUAAUCAUUUGCACAGUUCACACAUCCUAGUGGAUGAGCAGAUCAAUAUAGCGCUGGAAGCUCGGGAGCACCUCACCUCGCAGCGGCAGAGUUUCAAGCGGAUGCAGACCAGGUUCAAUGACAUUGCAAAUAGGUUUCCGAUGCUGAACAGUCUUAUUUACAGAAUAAAUGCUCGUAAACGUCGUGAUUCCCUAAUUCUAGGUCUUGUUGUAGCUGUUUGCACAUUCCUAUUAUUAUUCUAUGCUUUCCAUUGAUUUUGUAGGUUAUAAAAUGACCUAAUGUAAGAAUAGUAUAAUUAGAUUUAAUAUUUAAUUUGAUUUUGUAAAAAAAAGUAUUUUACUUUUAUAUAUCCCAGCUGUUGUCUGGACUUACGGACAGACAAAGAAUCUAUACUAUUAUAAUAAAGCGUAAACACACACUUCUUUGUUGCCUAAGAUCUCAGCAAUUACAGCAUGUUUU